AUGGCAUUGAAUCUUCUGUCCCGUUCAUCGGAUUCUCCAAUCUCAACUGCUAAGCGGAAUAUUGCGAUCGCAGAGAUUGUCAUAUAUUCUCUCAUCCACAUUGCGCAGUUUAGCACAAGAUGCAUGCAAGAGUGGCGGUACUGGCACCAUAACAAGAACAAGAGUGCCGGACGGUGUGUGUUCUAUUCUUGGUGGAGUAUGGUUGGUCUUCUGUCACAGAUUCGUAUAGCGGGCUCGGCCCUGGUGUUCAGCUCACACCCGGGGAAGCCAAUGCGUAUUGCUGAAUCCAUUUUGCAAAGCGUCGGCCUUUCGCCCCUCUUGUUUGAAGUCAGCUUGGUCUUACUGCGAUGUGGACAAUCCGGAGAAACUGGUCCUGGGAAUUCGAAAUGGACCAAGCUAACCCGGUUGGCUCUGCACUUCUUCCGUUUCCCGAUUUUCAUCGCCAUCAUGCUAGCAGUGGUGAGCGGAUGUAUCAACAUGCGCGCAUUGGGAGAGGCUGGAUCUGUUGUUCUUGUUGUCACGUUCGCCUAUGUAUGCGGUCUUGUUGGUUGGCUUGCAAUAAAAUCGCGGUCGAUCCUUUCCGAGUCCGGUCACCACGCCGUGCUUUUGACUGUGUUGACUCUUCCCUUUUUGUUGGUUCGGAUCAUUUAUUUCCUAUUGUUGGAGUAUGGACCCCCCAAGUUCAACCCAGCCACUGGUGAUAUCCGCAUCUUGGUUGGAAUGGGGCUUCUCAUGGAGAUCAUCAUUGUCCUCUUGCUUUUGACGGCACGCGCUGUAGCCGAACCUGUUUGGCCGUCGAUCGUCUCUAAGCGCAUCGUACAUGAUGACUUGGAAUCGACGCGGAAUUGA